AUGAACCAACUUUACCAGUGCCACAAAUAUAUAGUCUUAAGUUCCACCAUACCACAACUCUUGGCCAUGUCAAGUGUUCAGGAUUAUCUCCCACUAUUAGGAACCGAUGAAGUUCAAUUGAAAAGCCCUCUGUGGAGAAGCUUAGUUGCAGAAUUUAUUGGCACCGCUUUCCUGGUAUUGGUCGGAUGUGGUUCCACUACUGCUGGAUGGAAUAAGGGCUACAGUCCAUCAAUGGAACAAAUAUCCCUAUGCUUCGGCCUCAUCGUCGCUACAAUGGUGCAAGCCAUAUGCCAUAUGAGCGGUGGACAUAUCAAUCCUGCCGUUACCUUUGGUCUCAUGGUAUCAAGAAGAUGCCCCAUGAUACGCAGUUUCUUCUAUAUCAUAGUUCAAUGUCUGGGAGCUACUGUUGGGGCUGGCCUUUUGAAACUGGUGACUCCAAAGGUCCUCAACGCAGGAUUGGGAGUGACUUCAGUUGAUUCUCGAAUGACAGUUGGACAAGCCGUUGCCCUGGAGAUGUUGAUUACAUUUGUGCUGGUGUUCACCGUUAUGGCUGUGACAGACUCAAGCAGGCUUGACGUUAAAGGAUCAGCACCCCUUGCGAUCGGAUUUUCCAUUACUGCUUGCCACUUAUGGGCGUUACAGUUGGUUGUGGAUCUACGAUAA